UCCAUAAAAUCCGUUCCCUGGUCAUGACAUUUCGCUAUAUUUCGUCGUAGAAAAGGUAUCACCCUACAACAAUAAGCAUCCCGCAGCCUUGCAGUUCCUAAGUAAUCUGCGGUCAGUCAGUCAGCCAAUUGUCGCUAUCGUAUACAUUUGCACAACUCACUACAUACUAUAUUUUUCCUUAAAUCUACUAUUACUACACCUUUUCAAAACUAUCAUCUCCAUAGCUAAGCAGUAUUCAUCAAAAUGGUUAGCAAUAGUCCGAAAAGCAUGCGCGAACUCUCUGACGAGGAUCAGGUGCAUCUAUGUUCUCUUAGGAAAAUGAGUUCAAUUAUCAUUCGCAACAUACUCAGCAUGAAACAACGAAUAAGCGACGAAGAGGGUGAAAUUGAUACCUCUGUCCUUGAAUGUCGUUUGCAAAUUGUUGAAUCGUACUUUCAACGGAUUUCCGAGGUGCAUAACAAUGUUGAAAUCCUAGUCCUUACUGAUGUUUCGAGAACGGAGAUUGAAGAAAUAUACAUUGAAGCAAAAUCGAAACUCUUGUCGUUAAUCAAUUCCAGAAGCCGCGCGACCGAAUUUAAUUCUAGUGUGUUCAAUGCUACAUCAUAUAUAAGCAAUCCUCAUCAAAACCGUCUACCAACACUUAAAUUGCCGAAGUUCGAUGGAAAGUAUGCGAACUAUAAACGCUUUUUCCGCGCAUAUUCCAACAUGGUGCAUGAUGACCCACAAUUCCUAAGGUUGACAAAUUCAAUUAUCUCUGAAACUGUCUUUCAGGACCAGCCUUAAGCGUCAUCGAGCCAUUUCAGGUAACAGAAGAGAACUACCCGAAAGCUUUGCAGCGACUUAAGGAACGGCACGACAACAAUGUGCUGAUCUUCCGAGACUAUAUCGCAUCACUUUUUGGUAUUCCAGUUAUGAAAACUUCGGACGCUGUUACCUUGCGGAACAUCAUCGAUACCGUUGCAGCACUUCGAGAGUAUCUUCAUUCACUGGGAUCAUAAAAAGACUUCGUGAAUUCAAUGCUCAUUUAUAUUGUUUUAUCUACAUUAGAUUCGGAUUCGAAAUCGGCCUAUAACCAAAAGCAAUGAUUUGAAGCUCUGCCAUCGUGGGACGAUUGCUACAAAUGGUUGAGUCGUCAUUGCCAAUACUUAGAGAUCUGUUCCAAAAAAGACAAUUGAAAGGCAUCCCCUCGGGACGGCAAACUCAAUGCCACGCAACGCUUCGAUUUCGUGAAGCAAUCCGGAGCUUGUAUUAACUGUUUGCGAACGGGGCACAUGGUGUCCAAGUGCCCAUCGCACUCUCGUUGCCGUGAUGUAAUACCAACAGCCUUAAUCCACAUCCAAGAUAAAUUUGGUCUAAUUCAGCCAGCACGCGCCCUGUUGGAUUCAUGUUCAGAGUUAAAUUUCAUAACGGAAGUAACUGCUAAACGUUUGCAACUUAAGAGAAACUCAUCAACUCUGGAAGUGUCAGGUAUUUCAGACAUUCAAACUAAUAUAAAAUUUGCUAAACGCGACAAUCAAAUCUCAUAUUGGAGAUUUUACUUGGUCAUCCCAUUUCGCCAUAACAAAACGUAUUUCCGCACAAGAACCAUAUGAGCUCAGUGACACAUCUUAUUGGAACAUUCCCCCCGUAAUCCAGCUUGCUGCUGUUGCCAUUGUUUUAUAAUGUCAUUUAAAAUGCAACAUUUAGCACUUUCGAACAUAUGUUUUCAAAGAGCGUUCAUGCUAUCGCAUUUAGCAAAUGUGCAUUUACGCGAGCUCGAUAUCGUAUGCUUUUGACAAACAGCCGUGAUCCAGUCGCUUA